UAGCGGCCGGCAGUGAGGACUGCAGCGUGCAUGCAAUGAGCGCUCCCAGCCGCGCAGCACUGACACACCGCAGACCGAGCUCCAGGCGAUGCUGUAAAGGCGCCCACAGUGCAGCGCGUCGCAGCCCGCCUCACCCAGCCGCUCUCCCCGCAGCGACAUGCUGCCCUGGAAGAAGAACAAGUUCGACCUGAUCGAGGAGGACGGCAAGCAGGCGAAGCAGAAGGGCUAUGCGGUGAGCCUCAACUACAGCGCCCUCACCUCGCUGGCCAAGUCGUGCCCGGAGGGCGCCCUGACCCGGGUGGGCAGCAUGUUCAAGUCCAAGAGGAAGAAGAUCAAGAUCACCGGGGAGGACCCGACCUACACCGUGCUCUACCUGGGCAACGCCACCACGCUGCAGUCCAAGGGCGAGGGCUGCACGGAGCUGGCGGUGUGCAAGAUCUGGAGCAAGAGCGAGAUGGGCAAGCACGGCACCAAGAUGAAGCUGACGGUCAGCUCGCAGGGGAUCCGCAUGGUCCACGUGGAGGACAAGGCCAAGCGGCCGGGGCACCUGUACCUGCUGCACCGGGUCACCUACUGCGUGGCCGACCCCCGGCUGCCCCGGGUCUUCGCCUGGAUCUACCGGCACGAGAUGAAGCACAAGGCGGUGAUGCUGCGCUGCCACGCCGUGCUGGUGUCCAAGCCCGAGAAAGCCAAGGCCAUGGCCCUGCUGCUCUACCAGACCUCGGCCAACGCCCUGGCGGAGUUCAAGCGGCUGAAGAGGAGGGAGGACGCCCGGCACCAGCAGCAGCAGCUGAUCGGCGAGCAGAGCAUCCCCCUGGUCCCGCUCAGGAAGCUCCUCAACGGGCAGUGCUGCUACAAACCCCCCGUGGAGCGCAGCCGGAGCGCCCCGAAGCUGGGCUCCAUCACCGAGGACCUGCUGGGGGAGGAGGAGGAGGAAAGGGCCAUGAGCUUCGAGUGUGAGGACGUGCUGGACACCGGGGGUGGAGGGCAUGGGGGAGAUGAUGGAGGGGAGGAGGAGGUUGUGGUGGGGAAGCAUCACUUGUCCCAGCUGAUCAGUGACCUGGGGGAGAUGACUCUGGGCAAUGACCUGCAGACUCUGAAAGCUGACCUGAGAGUGACUAGACUGCUGUCUGGGGAGAGCACGGGCAGCGAGUCCUCCAUAGAGAGCAACCAGGACUGUGGACCCAUCACCAAUGGGUUUGAGGAAUGCAGGGAGCCAGAGACUGUAUGAAGAUGGAGGGAGGAUGGGACUGGGGUCAUCAAUGGACCAGAUAACUCCAAAAAAAAAAAACCCUAGCACCUAAUGGCAGGGCUUUACUAGCCAUAUGUUGGCUUCAGGCAGAAUGACUGUCAGGAGGAGAUGGCUGGCUCAGACACAACUGUUGCCAUAGGACCUUGGCAGGUGUUUCUUUUUUUUUUUUUUUCGAAUAUCCCUUGUCAUAUUUAUCAUGGCAGGAAUAGCUUUCAUUGAAAGCCUCUGCAUUGAUUUCUGAGACUCUUUAAACAUGACAAAUGUGGGGCAAGAAUCUACCUGGCUUCUUCCCCUGGUUUUUUUUUUUUUUUUUUUCUUCCUACCAAUUAUGAAAAUUUUGGCCAAUGUUCCUUUGCAGAUGUCUUCCUGUUAUAAAGGGUGUUCCACCUCUCUCCCCCCUUUCCCCAAGGUUUCUGGCAUCAAAUGGGUUUAUGUAUAAUCUAUUGGCAUUUGUAAACUGUACUAGAACAAAGUUAACGCAAAAUCUGACAUGUUAAAAUGUUUAAAAAAAACCAAACAAUUUAUUUACAGGAAAAAAAAAAAUACAACUUUAUUCUAAUCCAACCUUGGCUAUUAUAGCCUAAAUGUUGAAACUUUGCUUUCAAUUUGUUACAUUGCAAUGUCUGAACAAAACCCGGUCAGUUAUUCACUAAACUCCACAUUUUAGAAAACACAAUAUCAAGUGGCAAACAUUGAGACAAAAAUAGCUAGUCUAGAAAAACUGUCCAACUUGAAUAUAGUCACAGCUAGGAUAUUUUUGUCUCAAUUUCACGGAGUUUAGCCAUGAAUAUAACCCUGACAGUGUGGAUGUGUGUCUAUUCUGCUUUGGCGGUGUAUUGUAGAAUGUGAGAUCCAGUCACUCAUGGGUUUAAUCACUAAAGUGGGUAUUGUGGCAAAUUGUAAGUUUUUUUUUUUUUUUUUUUUUUAUAAGCUGAAAUUGUUGAAUGGGGAGGGGAGAUCUGCAGCUCUAAAAUUUGUUUUUUAAAUGUUUGUACAACUCCCAGUUUAGUGGAUAGAUGACCGCGCAGUAUGAGUGUUUAACUUUGGCUCAGGGGUAACAAGUUGUGACUCAAAUUAUUUAGAUCUGGAUCUGUUUGUCUGUGAGCAUAAAAGGACUAUUUAACUAUCGUUUACUCUAAAUUAUAAGUGUGUAAUGUUCUGACUGCCAGAGCUAAACUUUGGUGUGCAAAGGCGCUUGGGACGAAUGUGCAAUGCCUAAGCUUCCAGUACUGACUGGGUUAAAUGGCAAUAUCAUGUAAUUUGAGGGUUUGUGCAAUAGGCACUGUAAGGCCUAAUGUAAGGUUUGAUUUUGGUGCAAUCUGUCCCCUUCAUGAUCCCUGCAGACCAAUAAUAAACUUAGCAUUGCCAGAACAUAGCUGACACUGGCAAUCAAAUCUGUUAAAAUGGGAUGAAAACAAGUUUGGUAACUGUCACUUUUUAUUAUUGGGAUAAAACUCAUUGUCCAUACUGCUGAGGCCUGUCUGGCACUGAAUUGGUUGUUUUUAUUUAAAUGUUUUCCUGUACCCUUGCUAAAUGUUCAAUCAUAGGAAGCUUGGAGUAGCCCAGAAAUGUCUUGUACAAAAAUAAAACCGUAGUGCAGUUUCUAAUUCUCUAAAUUUUAGCAAGAAAAUGCCAUUCAUGAGGGGGAAACAUUUUUCACGGUCUCCUUUACCUGGGCCCCAGUGUUAUUGCUGGUUCUAGGAAUCAUUUCAGGGCCCUUGUUUCUUGGAAUCUGAGAGGUGUAGAGUCUGUGCAAUGCUGGAAGCUCUGUGGGCUGAGCACAAGCUGACUGAAAUGUUCCUUGUUACUCCUAGUCUUUCCACUCUUUCACUCUUUAUUUCCCUUUUGGUUCCAUGCAAUGUUUGCACAUGUGAGUUGAGGCACACGAAAGGUGAACUGCUGCCAUCUUUCACUUUAUUUGGUACACUGAGCUUUUAAUGAAAAAGAGAACUUCUAGCACCUUCUUUUACUAGGCAUGAAUACACAUACAUUGAUGCCAUUUGCAACUUUUUAAGUGAGGGGAGUUGAAGUGUAGGCCCAUUUUUAACACUUAAUUCUUUGCAAGUUUUUAGCUCAGAUUUGAGAGCUGAAGUGAAACAUCUGGACACCCUGCUUCAGAAUGACUGCUAUGCAAUUCACUGUUGCUCCCUGUUAUUGGAUUUACCAGUAUAGACAUAUAUCUUGUGCAUUUGAACAGGUGUUGUCAAAUAGUUUCAUUCACUGACGGUUUAUUAAAUUACCAAAUCACUCCUGGUAAUCCAUCGCCUCUACUUGACUGCUUUGUAAUGAUUUUACAACAGUGAGCUAUGACAAUACAGUAAAAUGUAUCUUGCAAUGCCAUCUCCUGUGCUCAUAGCCAAUAGGACUAUAAUCCCUAAAUUCAGUUUGGCAAAGAAUCAUGGGAGUUGUAGUUUUAUUUUAGCUGGCCCUAAAUUAGACUAAAUUAAUAGAAGUCGUUACAAAAAAUAAAUAAAUAUUGUUUCAAACGACUCUGCAUUGUAGUGAUAAUAGACAAAGUUAGUGGCCCAGAGCUCUUCCUGACCUACUUUUUUAGAACUGCAUUUAUAUCUGCUUUCAUUGAAUGUCUGUCUGAAACCAAGCCACACUUUAAUUUGUGCUAACCGUAUUUAUAUCCUCUGUACUUUCAUUUAAUAUCCUAUAUUCCAUUUCUGGUUAACCCCUUGCAGUAGUAAAUUGGCAAUAUCCAAACAUGAUUACAUAAUUUACUUAUUUUCCCUUAUUAAACCUUCCUUUGCCAGGUAUUUCCCAAACAUUUUCCAGGUUCAUCAAGCAGAAUGAUUAGUUGGGUGUGUGACGUCCUCUUUAUUCCUUUCCUCUGAUAAAAGAAGCUUUAGUGUGUAUAGCUUAGUAGCACCUAUCCACCUGCCACAACUCCACAAAUGGACUUGGAAAUCUGGUACAUUUUUAUGUUUACACUUUAUUUUCAUUUUGAAAAUGGCCCACAGGGAUACUGCCUAUUCAAGUUUCAUGACAUUCCAUGAUGGGUUUUGUAAUCCUUGCACUGUUAAGUAUUUUGCCAGUGUUUUCAUAUAUGUAAAUAUAUAUAUUUUUUGUACAUAGUGGUCACAUAUAUAUGUUAUCUUUGCUGUGCAAAAGAAAAUUAUGUUGGUGUUCACCUUGUGUAUAUAU